GGCUCCGGCUGCUCGCCAGGCCGCGCUCGGCCUCGUGUUUUCACUUCCUUCUCUUCAGAGCUGUAUCCGGGUCGCUGCGUUCCCUAUUGUCUCAGGCAGCCGGCCUGGGACUGUCAGUUUGAGGGGUCUUGCGGGACUUCUGGUGCAGGCUAAUAAAGAUUUUUCUUCAUUUUUUUUUUCCUUCCAGUUUUAACGGAGUGGGGGGAAGUCAGCGGUCCCAGGCCGCCGGGUUGGCCGCGCUGCCAGGGCCGGGGGGUGCCUCUGGCCUGGGGGCGCCGUAGGAAGGGGCGGGAGCAGCCGGGGCCGGGCGAGGUCGGAGGGGCUGGGGGCCCUGGGAGCGCCGCGGUCGGGCCGCCGGUUUUCCCCGGGCGUCUCCCUGACCCGCCUCGGCGGCCCCCGUCCCCGCCUCGGCGCUACCCGGGCUCCCGCAGCCUCUCCCUAGGUUUCCUCCACACGACCACCUCACGGAUUCCUUAUGGAUCGCAGCUCCAAGAGGAGGCAGGUGAAGCCUUUGGCAGCUUCUCUCCUAGAAGCUCUCGAUUAUGAUAGUUCAGAUGACAGUGAUUUUAAAGUUGGAGAUGCCUCAGAUUCUGAGGGGAGUGGUAAUGGAAGUGAAGAUCCUUCAAAGGACAGUGGAGAAGGUUCCUGUAGUGAUUCUGAAGAAAAUAUUUUAGAGGAAGAACUGAAUGAAGAUACUAAAGUAAAGGAAGAACAACUUAAAAAUUGUGCAGUUGAAGAAAUACUGUCAUCAGAAAAACAGUUAAUCAAAAUGGAAAAGAAAGAGGAUGAAGAAACUGGAGAAAAACCUAGAAAGAAAAAGGAAAAAGAGAAAGAAAAAGAAAAGGAGAAAGAAAAGGAGAAAGAGAAAGAAAAGGAAAGAGAAAAGGAGAAAGAAAAACCAACAGUAUCUGAUAGUGUGGCUGCUUCUGCUGCUGCCGCCACCCCAGCCACAAGUCCUCCUGCUGUCAACACCUCCCCUUCUGCCCCCACUCCAACAACCACUACAGAGGAACAAGUCAAUGAGCCAAAAAAGUGGAACCUUCGUCGAAACCGGCCUCUGUUGGAUUUUGUGUCCAUGGAAGAGCUGAAUGACAUGGAUGACUAUGACAGUGAAGAUGAUAAUGACUGGCGACCUACUGUGGUGAAGAGAAAAGGGAGAUCUGCAUCUCAGAAAGAGGGAAGUGAUGGAGACAUUGAGGAUGAUGAAGAUGAGGGAAGUGGGAGUGAUGAGGAUGAGAAUGACGAAGGCAAUGAUGAAGAUCAUAGCAGCCCUGCUAGUGAAGGGGGUUGCAAGAAGAAGAAGAGUAAAGUUCUUAGCAGAAACAGUGCUGAUGAUGAGGAACUGACCAAUGAUAGCCUGACACUAUCUCAAAGCAAGAGUAAUGAGGACUCGCUGAUUCUUGAGAAGAGUCAAAACUGGAGUUCACAAAAAAUGGACCAUAUUCUGAUUUGCUGUGUUUGUCUUGGAGACAAUAGUGAGGAUGCUGAUGAAAUAAUUCAGUGUGACAAUUGUGGCAUUACAGUCCAUGAAGGUUGUUAUGGAGUUGAUGGAGAGAGUGACUCCAUUAUGAGUUCAGCUUCUGAGAACUCCACUGAACCUUGGUUUUGUGAUGCCUGUAAAUGUGGUGUUUCUCCUAGCUGUGAACUAUGUCCUAAUCAGGAUGGGAUUUUCAAGGAGACAGAUGCUGGAAGAUGGGUGCAUAUUGUUUGUGCCCUCUAUGUUCCUGGAGUAGCCUUUGGAGAUAUUGACAAAUUGCGACCAGUAACACUGACAGAAAUGAACUAUUCCAAGUAUGGUGCCAAGGAGUGUAGCUUUUGUGAAGACCCUCGCUUUGCUAGAACUGGAGUUUGCAUCAGCUGUGAUGCAGGGAUGUGCAGAGCCUAUUUCCAUGUGACCUGUGCCCAGAAGGAAGGUCUACUUUCAGAGGCAGCAGCAGAAGAGGAUAUAGCGGAUCCAUUUUUUGCUUAUUGCAAGCAACAUGCAGAUAGGUUAGACAGAAAGUGGAAGAGAAAGAACUACUUGGCUUUACAAUCCUAUUGUAAAAUGUCUUUGCAAGAGAGAGAGAAACAGUUAUCACCAGAAGCACAGGCAAGGAUCAAUGCCCGGCUACAACAGUAUCGUGCCAAGGCAGAGCUGGCUCGAUCCACCAGACCCCAGGCUUGGGUUCCCAGGGAAAAACUGCCCAGACCCCUCACCAGCAGUGCUUCAGCCAUUCGUAAACUGAUGCGGAAAGCUGAGCUAAUGGGGAUCAGUACGGAUAUCUUUCCAGUGGACAAUUCAGAUACUAGUUCUAGUGUGGAUGGAAGGAGAAAACAUAAGCAACCAGCUCUUACUGCUGAUUUUGUGAAUUAUUAUUUUGAGAGAAAUAUGCGCAUGAUUCAAAUUCAGGAAAAUAUGGCUGAACAAAAGAAUAUAAAGGAUAAAUUAGAGAAUGAACAAGAAAAGCUUCAUGUGGAAUACAAUAAGCUAUGUGAAUCCUUAGAAGAACUACAAAACCUGAAUGGAAAACUUCGCAGUGAAGGACAAGGAAUAUGGGCCUUACUAGGCAGAAUCACAGGGCAGAAGUUGAACAUACCGGCAAUUUUGCGAGCACCCAAGGAAAGAAAACCCAGUAAAAAAGAAGGAGGCACACAAAAGACAUCUACUCUUCCUGCAGUACUCUAUAGUUGUGGAAUCUGUAAGAAGAACCAUGAUCAGCAUCUCCUUUUAUUGUGUGAUACCUGUAAACUGCAUUACCAUCUUGGGUGUCUGGAUCCCCCUCUCACAAGGAUGCCACGGAAGACAAAAAACAGUUACUGGCAGUGCUCAGAAUGUGACCAGGCCGGGAGCAGUGACAUGGAAGCAGACAUGGCCAUGGAAACCUUACCAGAUGGGACCAAACGAUCAAGGAGGCAGAUUAAGGAACCAGUGAAAUUUGUUCCACAGGACGUGCCACCAGAGCCCAAGAAGAUUCCAAUGAGAAACACGAGAACCAGAGGACGAAAACGAAGCUUCAUUCCUGAGGAGGAAAAACAUGAGGAAAGAGUUCCCAGAGAAAGAAGACAAAGACAAUCUGUAUUACAAAAGAAGCCCAAGGCUGAAGAUUUAAGAACUGAAUGUGCGACUUGCAAGGGAACUGGGGACAAUGAAAAUCUUGUCAGAUACCCUUCAUGAGACCCAACUCUGCCACAGCUCAUCCUCGGAGGCAAUCCUGGAAACCUCUUUUAUAAGUGAUUUUUAAAAUGUGGAUAAAACUCUCAAUAGAGUACAUAAAGUAAAGGAGAACAGCUAUCUUGUCCUUUCCAUAAGCUUAUCACUGCAAAAGUUGCCUUUGCUUGUCAGGUUUGGAUAGAAUGUAAUUGAUUGGUUUGUUAUUUGGUCUGACAAGGCAGUUAAUUUGCCUGUGUGGAUUUUUUUAAUCUUUUUUCCUUUUUUUUUUUUUUUGCACUAAUCAGAAAUAUUUGAUAUGUGCAUUGUUGAAAAAUACUGGGAAAAUGUCUUGUCAGAAUUGUCCUACUAAGUAAUGUCUUUCCCUCUUGCUUCUUUGGCAAAAAAUGAUAUGCAGUGUGUGGACCUAUUGAAGAAUGAGUUACGGAAGGAAUCCCUAAUUUGUGACUCCUGUUGUUGAACAAUAUUAGUAGAAAACAGGAAAGACAAUGCAUUCCAUUUGUCUGCUUAUCUGUUUCAUCCAACAAUACAUAUAUAUGAAAUGCUGCAUUGUGAAACAACUAUUCUUAAUAUACAUGCCAUUCCUAUUUAUGAUAUUCAGCAAAAGUGAAAGACUUGUGAAGCAUAUGACAGUCUGUUUUUGACUCAAUCUUAGUAUGAAAGCACUAAUAUUAUUAGCAUGAAAUUUUUACAACUUCAGAUUUUAAGCUCAUGAGUAAAAAUAUUUAUGUGUGUUUACUUCUAGGUAAUUUUUAGUAAGAACCAAAUUUAUUCAGUCCUCAUUGUUUUAAUACGAACUUUCUGUGUUCAGCAUAAAUACAUCUUCUUGAACUUAAAUGUGACAUUAUGAAAUAAAGAGGGAGAUACAAAGCUUAUUGACUAUCCAACCUUCCAACUGAAAGAUCUUCAACAGCAUCUGUAUCUUUCCAGAGUUUUACAGAAUUAAAAUUUGAUCUUCAAGCUUAAAUGAUCCAGUUUUCAGUCAACGACAGAAAUGUGUUGAAUAUUCCAUCACUCGAUCUUGAACUGAUUUAGAAGAGACUCUUGAAAUUGAAAUGCAUAUAUACAUGUAAAUUGUCAAUCAUUUCUUGGACUUUCCUGACUUACAAGUGUGGUUUUGAACCUUUUUUCAGGUAUAGUGGUAACUGAAAAUAGUUUAAAGUUUAAUAAUAGAGUAAGCAAUGUUAUAUAGAUAAAGCAAGUUAUAAAGUUGCUGUAUUUUAGUAAUCUAUAGUUAUAGUAGUAACCAUAUGAUUGGAUAAGAUUGUUUAACAGUAGCAAAAUAUGAAUAAAAUUACAUAUAAAUAAAUUAACAUAGAGACAGCAUAACAUUGGAAGAAACAUUAAUCUUUAGCAAAACCAGUAGGCUAUCUUUUCCUUAAGAAUAAGGACUUUAUUAUUACAUAAGCUUAAGUGAAAGCUGGUAAUUGUUACUGUUGCUGAACUCCAGCUGAUUUUAAGAAAAAUGACAGAUUACCAUUUUUUGAAUAAAAUAUGUGAAUACCUUAGGUCCUGACCCUCUUUUAAUAUAUGGUGCAAAAUUACUGCUGGUCAUUUCAUUUUAGCCUUUUCGAGAACAGUUAGGUAGGCCUUGUGAUUUGGAUGCCAUUCUGAAUUAAAACCCUUUUUACCUUGAUUCCAAUUAGAUACUAUGUUACCAUCAUUCUAGAUCUUGAUGUUUUUAUUAGCAGAUGUGUUUAUUUCAUAUUUGGUGUUGUUCCUAACAAUCUUUGUGAUUUUUACAUUACUAGUAUAAAACACAUAAUUCAUAAGAUGAUGGGGCCUGCCAAAGUGUGGUUACAGUUGAAGAACAUUAUUAUUAUUUAUUUGAGAGGUAGAGCUACAGACAGUGAGAGGGAGAGACAGAGAGAAAGCUCUUCCAUCCAUCAGUUCACUCCCCAAAUGGCCGAACUGAGCUGAUCCAAAGCCAGCAGCUAGGAGCUUCUUCUGGGACUCUCAUAUGGAUUCAGGGUUCCAACCACUUGGGCCAUCUUCCGCUGCUUUCCCAGGGCAUAAGCAGAGAGCUGGGUAGAAAGAGGUGUAGCCAGAACAUAGACUGGCUCCUGUAUGAGAUGCCAGCACCACUGGCAGUAACUUAACCUAUUAUGCCACAGUGCCGACCCCAGAGUUGAAGAACUUUAGGAGGGACUAGAAUAAUAAACUUUCUCCUAAUAAUCUACACUCUUUUAUAUUUCCACUGUAUAAAAUUAGCUCAUGUUUAUAGUUGGUCCAUAUACUACUCGAAAGAAGUUAAUGUAUACCUGAGAUAACAUGUACUAAAUAGUUCUUAUCUUACAGAUACAUAUAAUAGAAAAUAGUGUAACAGUUAAAUCUUGAGUAUCACACAGUAAGGAAAGGGAAAAAAAAAAACACUAAAAUUUCAGGAAGGAAAUUAAAUGUCCUUGAAAUGCAAGGUGAAUGCCAUAGUAUAAAUAGUAGGAGUUCUCAGAUGUAAUCAUCACAAUCACAGCAAGGA